CACAGGCAAGCCACCAAGCCAGGAAGGCACCCAGGUCACCUUUUGCACUCUUGGGGUACCCAUGUCCCUACAAGGACACAUACAUCAAUCCAGAGAUUACAGCUGCUGACCUAAAGAUUCCACUUGAGAUUCCUAGAGGCAAGCAGGGCAGCCAGUUGAGCCAUGUCUGUGAGCAGUGGUAAGAUGGAACUGUCCCUGACCCAGGAGAUCCUCAGCCACCUGGGCCUUGCCAACAAGACUGCAGCAUGGGGGACCCUGGGCACUCUCAGGACCUUCUUGAGCUUCAGUGUGGACAAGGAUGUACAGAGGCUGCUGCGGGCCAUUACAGGCCAGGGAGUAGACCACAGCGCCAUUGUGGAUAUACUGACCAAUCGGAGCAGAGAACAAAGACAGCUUAUUUCUCGAGCCUUCCAGGAGCGCACCAAACAGGACCUGUUGAAGUCCUUACAGGCAGCACUCUCCGGUCACCUGGAGAAGAUUGUGGUGGCUCUGCUGCAGCCAACAGCCCAAUUUGAUGCCCAGGAAUUGAGGACAGCCUUGAAGGCCUCAGAUUCUGCUGAGGAUGUGGCGUUGGAAAUCCUUGCCACUCGAGCCCCACCUCUGCUGCAGGAGUGUCUGGCAGUGUAUAAACAUGAUUUCCAGGUAGAGGCUGAGGAAGACAUUAAGGCUGAGACCAAUGGCAUCUUGCAGGACCUGCUUCUGGCACUGGGCAAGGGGGGUCGAGACACCUACUCUGGAAUCAUUGACUACAAUUUGGAAGAACAGGAUGUCCAGGCACUCCAGCAGGCAGUAGAACCUAACUCAGAGGGGCCAUGGAUCCUGACAUUCACACAGCGCAGUCCUGAACAUCUCAUUCGAGUGUUUGAUCGGUAUCGGCGAUGCACUGGGCAAGAAUUGGAAGAUGCUAUACAGAACCGUUUCCGCGGAGACAGCCAAGUGGCCCUGCUCAGCCUAGCCUCGGUGAUAAGGAACACACCACUGUACUUUGCUGCCAAACUUCACCAAGCCCUCCAGGAAACUGAGCCCAAUUACCAUGUCCUGACACGCAUCCUGAUCUCCCGAAGUGAGACUGACCUUCUAAGCAUUCGAGCUGAGUUCAAGAAGAAAUUUGGGAAGUCUCUCUACUCUUCUCUCCAGGAUACAGUGAGAGGGGACUGUCGCUCAGCCCUACUGGCCCUGUGCAGAGCUGAAGACCUUUGAGACCUUCCAGCCCCACCCACACAACAUCUGAGAUUCUCAUGUUCGGUUGGACCACUGGGAGUCCAGCCAGGUCUCAAACAGUACAUCCUCAUGGAGCAACACACAGCUUAGCUUCUCAUUGAGGCUGGACCUCUACAUUUCUUUGAAAUCCUUGGGCUUCCCGUACCUCAAAGUGUGGGCUGUACCUGGGUCUUCUAGCUCUAAUUUGGGGUGGUAAUGUGAUCUCUUUGAUAGUGUCUAUCCUACUCAUCUUUCACACACCAUGACCAGAACAUCUCACU